AUGAUGGAAAGAGUCCAAGGUGUCCGGAAUCGUCUGGAUAAAAAGUCAGCAUGGGCGUACCAGGAAAUCAUGGCAGAAGCGAUGUUUGUCUUGUGGUUGGCCAGUCAGGUGGCCGUCAGACUGGGAUAUCGCUUUCUUCCGGAAUGGCAGGAUGACCGCGUGGACCGCAAUGGGGAAAACGUCUUUGGCCCGGAACCUUUGCUCUGGAUAGCGCGAUUAAUCAACAUCAGCGGCUGCCUUUGGGAUCAUGUGGCAUUACCCUGGACGGAACCCGGGACGAUCACCACUCAGGGUGUGAAUGCUUCGCAUACUAUCUCCACGGUCACUGUACCGGUGAAUUUUGGAUACCUUGGAACGUUUCUCAUCGUGUCUGCCGCCAUUUUCCUAGCGGUAUCCGUCAUGUGCUCGCUGAUCGUUAACCGGCACUGGAAUCUCAUACCAUUGUCGCGGCAUCUGCGUUUCUGCCACCAGCAUACCCCGCGGUCACUGUCCAUUCUCAACGUUCUGCCUUUUAUUUUCCUCGGUGUUAUGUUCGCUGCGGGGUUAUUGGUCUUUGAAUUCCUCUGGCUGGUUGUCGGCAUGCUCCCGUUAGUGAUGUUGGCGGGAGGCGUCGCCAUGGCCAUAAUCAGCGCUUGUGGAGUGCAAGCCGUGCUACCUUGUUGUGCUGUUAUGCUCCCAUUACUGGCCAUGUAUAGUGCGGGAAGGAUUUGGGGAUUGUGGUUAAACGUCACUUAUCUGCAGUGGAUUACCCAGAAGCUACGUGUGAGCUUGGUCAGACAACAUCCAGGUGCCAAGGAAGAUCCCGAAGAUCAGACGGAAGUUGUUUCAACACCGGCUGGCAACUGUUCACAGCCACGGCAACAGAUUGAGUUUCGAUCUUUAAUUUUGAUCAGCAGCACUGUAAUCUUCACCACCAGUGUGCUAAAACUGUUUGCGGGAUUCCCCGGGAACAGAGAAUGGGAUUCCACUGGUCGGGUAGUGGACUACGGUACCGGAUGCCCGAACACAGCUGCUGAUACGGGUUUUGGACGGAUAACGGCAAUCCUUUCCUACUGGGUAGAGCUAGAUUACAGCCGCCAUGGAAAUAUGCAUGACGGUAUUCAUGCACGGCUCUCUCCGUUCUCGUGGUUCUUCGGAUUUGUGUGGCUAGUAUGGAGCGGCUCUCUCUUGGCCGUCGUCUUGCUCGGCCCGAUCUUACUCACGAUAGCCACGAUACUGGGGCCGUUUGUGCGCUGUUGUAUUGCCGGUUCCCACUGGGUGGGCCUGAAACUGUAUUGGCUGAUAACCGUUGCACCGGAGCCCGACGAAGAAGAGGACAACGCCGAAACUCGGCGGGAUGGCAGCAAGAAAACGGUGGGAGUCGAUACAGUGGUCCCGCGAAAUCACGUUUCUUGCGAUGGAUGUAGAGUGUGUUCCGAGUGGAUUAAAGUUAAUGACGACUCUGUCGAUGCGACGGUCACCGAUCCGUAUGAGUUACGAGACCGCCCAAUGGAUUGUCCGCUCUGUGGCGUCGUACGCGAGCCAACGGCUUUUAUUGGACGGCGUUGUACCUGCGAACUCGCUGGGAUAUUCGGUGCUGGCUUUGUGUACCUCAAAGAGGCUUUCGUCUGGCUGUUUCUGCCGUUCCCGGUUACGGAAUUGGUCCUAGCAGAACGCUUGCAAGUAGCCGGUAUCCUACUGUUGUGGAGCGUGGCUUGUAUGUGGGUGCAGUGGCGCUUCCUGGAGAGUCUCCUUGAUAAACGACGCCAUGAUAAAGCUGAACAUGACAAAGAAAAGGCCGCUACCAAGCGGUUUUUUGAUUGGACUGAUGCGCUGAAACUCGAAGAAGAGCAUGUGACGAAAUAACUUUCGGGUUAAGAUUUAACGUUUUUGUCGGAACACUCAGUUUCCGCAGUUUAUAAAAUUUUUUUUCAACGUAUCGGAUUUUUAUGAUCUCUUCACAAUCUGAAUUGAUUUAUAUUGAGUCAUUCUGUUUGCUACAUAAUAAUUAUUUUAUUCUCAGUGUACCUGUGAACUCGUGCAUACGGUUUUAAAGCGCCAUACCUAGUGUGGA